GUCAAAGUCAUUAAAAUGGGAUGACUGUUAUCAAUAUAGCCUAUCAAGGAUUUAAUUUAAGUUAUAAACAUAUAUUUGUCAGUCGAACUUGGGACUUUCACAAGAAAGGAGUAAUCAGUCUAAUCUGCAAUGGACGAAACAUACUCAUCUUGGACUGGCCUGAUCUACAUUUUCAAUCUCAUUGUUGGCACUGGAGCGCUAACAUUGCCAUCCGCAUUCUUGCACUCAGGCUGGGCUCUCGGAUCUGUGUUGAUGUGUAUCUUAGCAUUUGUGAGCUAUGUAACGGCAACAUUCGUGGUAGAGGCAAUGGCAACAGGCAACGCCCUCAUCAACUUCUCCAAAAUGAAGCAACUCCGGCAGAUUGGGCGCUGUUUGGAUUUGGCCCAACAGUCUGCAAGAAAUCAAACGGAUAGCGAGGAUGAAAGUUGGGGGUCGCCUUCCGAAGAAUCACCUUUAAAUCUUCCAGGGUCAAUUCAGAAUUUUCCGUCCGAGCCUCUUUCAUAUUAUACAAUCGACAAUAAAGUGGAAAUGGGAGAAAUGGCUGGCUUGUUUUUUAGCCAAGGAGGAAGGCUUGCUUUCUUCCUUUGUUUUACGUGUUAUCUCUUCGGAGAUUUGUCCAUCUACGCUGCCGCCAUCGGUCAGUCUCUGGUUGAUGCUGUCUGUGUAUCAAAAAAUUUUACCGACCCUGAUGACAAGCUGUGCUGGCCAGAUUACCCUUACACUACCCUCCAAGCUUACAGGGUUUUUCUGAUUGCAUUUUUGAUGCUGUUUGGGCCGUUUGUUUUCUUCAACGUCCAGAAGACCAAAUACCUGCAGAUUGCCACCAGUCUGACCAGAUGGCUAGCAUUUAGCGUAAUGAUCACUCUGACAGUUCAGAGGCUGCUCAACCCCUCUCUACCACACAACUCCCCCUCCCCUGCGGUGUUGGGCGGGUUUCCAGCACUGCUCAGCUCGUGCGUGUACGCGUUCAUGUGCCACCACUCGCUGCCUGCACUACUAGCUCCCAUGCGCGACAAGCGAGGGCUACAGCGCAGCCUAGUGGCAGACUACACAAUCGUACUGGCAUUCUACCUUACACUUGCCGUGCCAGCGGUGUUUGCGUUCCCUCACAUCAAUCCACUGUUCUCACUGAACUUCGUGCCAGCUCCCGGGGACUCUGCAGAGCUCCGAGUGGCUGAUUACUUCCUGAUCCUCUUCCCGGUGUUUACUCUGACAGCGAGCUUCCCUGUCAUCUCUGUCACUCUUCGCAACAACUUGCAGUCCACAGUGUCUUCCGGGAGGACCAGGCUGUUGAGGUUUGUGAUACUACCCCUGAUGGCUGUCAUCCCUCCAGUGUUUCUGGCCAUCAGCAUGCCUAACCUUGAGUUCUUGGUUGGUAUCACUGGAUCUUAUGCUGGAGUGGGUAUUCAAUACAUCAUCCCAGCGGCACUAGUGCUUGCGUCGCGCAAGAGUAAGCCACGUGAACUUGCAGAGAUGGAAAACCCUUUCACCUCCCCCUUCCGACACCCUGCUUGGGCCAUCCUGGUCAUCGUGUGGGCACUGGUGUGCAUGACCUGCGUCACCGUGCACAUUGUCCGGUCACACCUGCAUUCCUGAGCAACGUGUGGAACAAAGGUGUUAUGUCCAAGCGUGGAGAGGUAACAGAGGUUCUAAGUCCAUGGAUGGAAGGUGCUAACGCUUUUACUCAAAGAAGUCAAUAUAUUUAGGUUUUUGAGGAAUGAAAAGACGUAAUGUCUGAUUUUAUUUUAUUAAAUUAACAAAAGGAGGGAAAUAUCAUAUCCCUCUGAGUAGUAAAAUCCAAAAUUGACGUCAAUUAUGUGUAAGAAAUGGGCUCUAAACAUGUGUAAUGGAGCUUUAUUUUAAUAGAAGCACAGCAAGUUAUGGUUUAAAAUGUUGAACCGUAUCUCUUGAAGGCUUA